AUGAGCGCACUUAACGUACCUACUAAGAAGCCUGUUAGAGUUUGGGUCGAUGGUUGCUUUGACAUGAUGCAUUACGGCCAUGCCAAUGCUUUGAGACAGGCUAAGGCCAUGGGUGACUUUCUCAUUGUUGGUGUUCACUCUGAUGCCGAGAUUGAAAAGAACAAAGGUCCUACUGUGAUGAAGGAAGACGAGAGAUAUGCUGCUGUUGCUGCCUGCAAGUGGGUGGACUUGGUCGUUCCAAAUGCACCAUACAACACAACUGUUGAGGUGUUGAAGGCUCACGAUGUUGAUUUCUGUGUUCACGGUGACGAUAUUACAACCAUGGCUGAUGGAACUGACUGUUAUCAGGCUGUUAAGGACGCUGGUCUGUAUCGUGAGUGCAAGCGUACCGAGGGUGUCUCUACUACCGAACUUGUUGGUCGUAUGCUUUUGAUGACACGCAACCACCACAAGCGGCGCAUGUCAGCUGGUGCCUCGUCCAUCUCGAGCUUUAACUCUGAAGAUCUUGGUUCUUUCAGUGCAAGCAAUUCUCGUGGAAACCCUCGCCAACGCACAACCAUCUCGCACUUCUUGCCUACUUCGAAGCGUAUCGUACAAUUCUCUGAAGGAAAGGAGCCAAAGGAAAACGAUCGUGUAGUAUAUGUGGAUGGUACUUUUGAUCUAUUCCAUGUAGGCCACAUUGAGUUCUUAAAGCGUGCCAAAGAGCUUGGGGACUUUUUGAUAGUUGGUGUUCAUGAUGACCAGACUGUCAAUGCUAUCAAGGGAUCAAAUUAUCCUCUGAUGAACUUACACGAGCGAGCACUUAGUGUUUUGGCCUGUCGGUAUGUCGAUGAAGUUAUUAUCGGUGCACCAUACAGUGUCACAGAAGAUAUCUUGAACAAGGAAUACAAGGUUCAGGUUGUUGCUCACGGAAAUACCUCCAUGGAACCUGAUCUUGAUGGCAACGAUCCUUACAAGCUUGCCAAACAGCGUGGUAUCUACCGUGAGAUUGAAAACCCCAAUUCUACUAUUACUACUGAGGGUAUCAUUGACCGUAUCAUUGAAAACAGAUUGAUCUUUGAGGAACGCCAGAGACGAAAGAAUGCAAAGGCUUUGUUGGAAGCCGAAAAGGAAAUUAAGGAAAAAAAUGCAAAGGCACUAUCUGUGGGAGAGGCAGCUAAAAAAGCAUAAAACAUAUGUAUGUAUGUAAAUUCGUUACUUCAAAGAAUAUUUCAGUAACAAAGGGUUAUACCAUAGCAAAUUUAUAUAAGAAAAUAAAUGUAUUUUUUUUUGAGAUGAAAGGAAUAUAUAUAUAAAGGUAUAUUUUAUAAAAAAAAGAUCUUCUAUUAAAGCUGUCUUCUUUUUACUAU